UGGUAUUCAGGACGAUUGCAGCAAUAUGCUGCUGGGAAGUUGUCCAAAAAUUUCCAGGAGCAGCAAAGUUGCCAGUACGCCCAAUUGUGAUAAACAGACUGCUGCUUCGUGCUCGGAUUCGCCGAUUGACGAAGGAGUCGCCUCGGAUUUGUCUUCAGACGAUGGCAGAAGGAUCAAAAACCAAGACGUCAACUCCACAGACGACGACGACUCCAAAAGAACCCUUCGCGAGAACUCCAAAAACCUGGAACUGUCUUCCAAAAAAACUCUUGACAAUGACAAUAACAAACGCAGAAAAAUGACCCGGACUGAAAGGACUAUUAAAAGUUUUCGGAUUCCGGACGAUGACGGCAACGACGUCCGGAGCAAACUGGAAAUCCUAUUAAAAAAAGGUGCACCGACUUUACCACAACCGAAGGAGCAUCCGCAAUCAGUAGAUGGCGACGGUGAAGAAGUGAGGAGGGUUGGCAGGAAUGACGCUGUUGCCAGACGGAGACAGGCGAAUGCUGCUAGGAAAGAAGCCAGCCUAGGGUAAGUGGAUAAUUGUUAAGAAACAAAAUUUGGGGAUGUUGA